AUAAUUGUAGUUUGUCUCCUUUACGCUUUGGUGGCUCUUCAAGGUUUCAUCGUGAUCCUGCAUUUCAUGGGAAAAGGCUACAUCAUUUCUCUCAGUUUCGAGCUCACCUUCCUUUCUUUCCGCGUUCUGAUUUCCUUUUCACAAUCGGCUUUUAAGUGGGUUUUGCCAUCAAGAAAGAACCUUGAUGAAGCUUUGGUAACAGGAGCAGCAAGUGGUAUUGGUCGACUGAUUUCUCUUCGUUUGGCUGAAAGGUUCGUUGUUUUGUUUUUUAAUUAUUGUGAAAAAGUAUAUACAUUUAUAUAAUCCAGUAUGGUAAUAAUAAUUAUAGUCUCAGACUGUCUAUGUUAAAUACAAAAAUCAAUUCUUUCAAGCAGAAAGUGCAAAGAAAUCACUCAAGUGACUGAUUUAUUUAAAACAAGACGCUACGGAGCGUACACUUCGGCUUCGCGGUUGAGGAACUGAUUAAUUAUAAAUGGGGAGGAAUAGUAAGAAAUGAAAUAUGGUAAGAGUAAGGUGUUAAUUUGUGAAAUUAUGGGAUUUGUCAGGAUAUUCUGAAAAGAGCAACAUCCAAGAGGCCUACAUGCUAAAAACUAGCGUUUCGGGACAAAUUGUCUCUAAGAUAUUAGCCCAGUUAUGCUCUGAUGACUCCAAACAAAUCCUUCUAAAUUUGACUUGGGUCUAAACGUUUAGAUCUAAGUCAAAUAUGAGGUCACUGGCGGUGGAUAACAACUACAAAACAAACAGUGAAAAAAGAAUUUUCUAUUUUUCUUAGUCACAUCAGGCUUCAAAAACACCAUAGCAGUCUCAUGUACUGAUUAAAGAUAAUUGUAAGGCAUGGGUAAGGAGUCAAUUAUGUUGAGCAUGGAAUUGGCUAAAACUCAAUGUUACGUGUUCGAAUGUUUUGAGGAUAAUUAUUCACUGACUAUCAGCACGCAGGGAUGUCGGAUUAACACAAGGAAGUUUAAUACCAGAGGAACAUAGCCUUUACAGGGCUUUAAAACACAGCAUCCGCCAACACAAACUUGACUUGAACUUAAGUAAAACUAAACAGCCUCUGCCAACAAUAACAAACUCUCACUUGAACUUCAAAUAUCUUACGGCUUCCGCCAACUUGCAAACACAGAACUUGAAAAUCGACCUUCGUCACACUUGACUAAACACAACAGUCCAGCUCGGGAAAAAAACUUAGUUCGUCAAAAGAACUCGCUUGGAACUUGUAUACCAUUUGACAUAAAGUUCUAGAAAAUACUAAACGGGCGAAUAGUAGUAGCUUGUCGACAUAUUUUAUGAUUUCAGUGACUGAUGCAAAUCUGCUGACUCAUUCUGAAAUGUAAACAUGCCCUAAUUAAUUAUUCAUGAAUAAUCCAAAAACGUAGAGAACGUUCGAGAAAGUCAAGCAACGCAUGAAAGCAAUUUUAAUACGUAACACUCAACAAAGACAAAAUGUCUUUGUGCAGCAUCUUGUAACAUUAAAUUCAUCAUAAAACAAUUCGAAAGGAGGGCUCAUUCGUGAAAUGUUUUUCAACACUCGAAGAGAAUUUCGUGUCUCUGCCUGGCCACGUAAUAUCCUCUUUUUAUUCCUGGAGGAAAUUAAAGACUAAACUCGAAGUGAUCUCAAGAUAUCACGAAGUAGUCCGGUCUCAUUUCGUGAAAUAGCCGAAAAAAGCCGCAAAGUCACGAACUUGCACGCCCAGUCUUGUCCCGAAACUAGUGCAUCAUUUCAUAACUAUUUUUCAUAACCCGAACUACCUUGGGUCGCAGUAGCGUAAUCGGCUAAUCCCUCAACUUAGAGUCUCCUCUGACCUGACGGGUCACACAGGUGACUCGGUUCAAACCCCGGGAAAGCCAAAAUAAUAAUUCUUUCUUCUUCAAAAAAGUUAAAGAAUAAAUCAAAGAAAUCGAAGUGAUCUCGGGAUAUCUGGAACUAAUUCGGCUCUCACUUCGUCAAAUAGCCGAAUACAACCGAAAACCUACAGACUUUGCAUGCCAAAUCUUGUCAAAAAAUGGCAACUUUGAUACAUUCCUGAGCGUCGCGAAUCCUUUACUUCGCGCUCCGCCGAAGGAAAAAACUAUAUCGUUUGAAAAACGUUUUUGACAGGAAGCUCAUGGCAGGUGUUUUUAACACCUGAAGCUUUUUCACACUCAUAUGUACAUGCGCUGUUGUCCUUUUCCCUAAAAUUCAACUCAUUUACGUUCGGAAAAACAAAGCACCUGUAAGAAUCUUUAGAAAUAUACAUGUAGACUGUAAUAUUUUGAGCGAGUGUAUUAUGACUUGAUUUAAUAGAACAACAGAUUCAGUAUGGAUGACUCUAACACUUUUAAUCCUUUUAAAAUGUACUUCUAAACUCUGUCAUGACUAGAUGAUCUCUAACUCUAACCUAACUUUUAAGUCUGUAGAUAAAAUUUUAGGGUGUUGUAAUUAAAAUGAAAUGUCUUUGGCAGAACUGUAGCAGACUACCAUUUAUUUCUUAUGAUGUUUCUGAAUAAUUUUUUUUGUGUGUGUGUGUGUGAGUUUUUUCUUCAUUUCACUUCAUAGUUAAAGGAGCUGUGUCACGAAAUUCAGCCAAAUUAGGAAAUUACAAAAUUCCCAUUAAAUUAAGAGGAACAUAAAAAUAACCACUAAAAGUGGUUAUUUUUAUGUUCCUCUUAAUUUAAAGUUUUAAAAAACUUUAAAGGAAGGAAUAACAUAACUGAAACAACAGAUGCCACGGAUGGGCAAAACUGAAGAAGAUUGAGACAGAUUGAAAUUAGGGUUUUUGGAAACUGUUCAGCCUAAAAGUUUUUCAAAGACGAUGCCUGCUGCUUGCAACUUCAAAAAUAAUGCUCAGGAGACAUAUUUGUUUGUCACGGAUCUCUGAUUUUGUCAUUUACAUGUAAUUUCUUUGCUUACUUUAAGUUCCAUAGCGAUUGAGGGCGAGUGAGGGCGAGUAAUUGGCAAAAUUAAACAAAGUGAACUGGACUGCAAUGACACAGGCCGUUUAAUCCUUGGUUCUAGCAUAUCACCUUUAAGCUGAGAGCGCUUUUAAUUUGUCAGAACUGGCGGGCCGGACCAUUGCCCAACCAGUGGGUUUUUGACGAGACUGGGGCGACCACGUGCGAGUGAAGACGUGGAUGUUUCACUCCCGUGAACUUUUUGUCCUUUCUUAAAAAUUUGUAGUCCUUAAACCUAGUCUAUGGCUCAAAGUUGUAAACGGAAAACGAAGGUAAGUGUUAGUAUCAGCUCUGAUAGCGAUAUUUGCUCUCCAGAAGGAAAAAAGGCUUGCAACAGUCCUCGUUCGGAACCGAACAUCGGCGUAGUAUUUAGCGAGGACGAUCAAGUUCUGGAGGCCCUGAACAUGACAGAAAAAAUCGCGACACAAUUGGAACGGAUCUUCGAAAUGCUCGCAGGAGUAGAAAGGAGGUUACAGAAUCUAGAAGGUAUAUUUGAACGCUUCUCCGCUUUGGAGAAGUCGGUUAAUAAGCUCGAAACUGAGCUGAAUAAGAUUGGCGAGAAGACAAGAAAAUUGGAAGGCGAAGUUAACGACCUCAGUAAGUCAAUGGAAUUUGCAAACGCCGAAAUUGAAGACCUAAAGAAGAAUGAUAAAGAAAACGAAGUCAAAAUCAAGGAACUUGAGGACAAAAUAUUGUAUCAAGAGGUGUACAACAGGCGAGAAAACCUAAGAUUCUUCGGUUUUCCAGAAUCUGCUGAUGGAGCUGAGAACACGCAUGAAGUUGUACGAAAAUUCCUUAGCGACGAAUUGGAGAUGGAAAACGCAGCAGAUAUUGAAUUCCAGCGAGCUCACAGAAUAGGAAAGAAGGCUUAACUGCAGAAUACCCUGCCACUUAUUUGCAUGUCAUUGAAUAAGAAUAGCAUCUAUUGUGUUAUGCUUCGUUCUUCAAAGAACGCCGACCAACGAAAACAAUGGUGGUACAGAGUGGCGGGGUAUUCAGCAGUUGCUCCUCGAAGAGUACGUGAGCUGGCUGAUGAUAUCGAUAUUAAGGUCUACGCGGAUUUUCCUAGAGAAAUAAGCGAAAGAAGAAAAAAGCAGUGGCCACGUCUCAAAAAAGCAAGAGAGGAGGGAAAGACUGCUUUCUUUAGCAAACCAGAACCCGAUAAAUUGUUUGUCGAUGGACGAUUUGUUCCCUUAUAGACAAAUCUAGGUUUUUUUGGACUUAGUUUAUUUUAUUUGACUUUGUUUAUGCUUUUCAUCAGUCUGUUUUUGUAACGGGAGUGGCAUGUGUAGGUUAGAACAAUUGGUGUAGUUGAAACGAUUGUUCCAAGCUCUGUGGCAGCGUCUUAUAGGUAAUAAUUACCUCGCCGCCUUUUUUCGCUCUUUCUUAAAACUUCGUUGUGUAAUGUAUUCUUUGUUUGUUUGUUUUUCUUUGUUUUAUUUGUCCCUUUGUUGUUUUUUGUUUUGUGAGUAUUUGUGCGUUUUGUGUGUAUUGUCUACCUACGUGCUGUGUGUUUUUGCACCUCAGUUGCCACCUCUUUUCAAUUUUUUGUACCACUGCGGUGAAAAUUAUUUGUAUGCCCAUAAUUUAUUUUUUCUUCCUGAUCCCAUUCAUGAAAGAACUUUUUGAUUUUAAAUUACUUUCUCUUAAUGUGCGAGGGGUUCGAGCCGCCACGAAAAGGAAAGCCCUUUUUACCUGGCUAAAUGAACGGAGGUAUGAUAUUAUCUUCCUUCAAGAGACCUAUAGCACCGUUGACGUUGAAGACAUUUGGAGAACACAAUGGAGAGGUAAGCUCUUUUUUGCUCACGGCUCUAAUCAUAGUUGUGGAGUGAUGAUUCUAGUGAGAAGUGACUUAGAUUUUAAUCCAAGAACUAUUAGUUGUGAUGACGAGGGCCGCUCCAUUAUAAUUGAAGCUGAGGUCCAAGGUUCGCCAUUUUUGUUUGUAAAUAUUUAUGCUCCAAACAAGGUUCAAGACCAAUGCCGCUUUUUUGAUAAGUUAAACAAAAAUAUUGAAGACUGCGUCGUUAAUGAAGAGCUUAGAAUUAUUCUCGGGGGAGACUUUAAUGUAACACUCGACUCUGAUCUUGACUGUUCCGGUGGUAGACCUUUCAGAAAAGAUUCUGUAAAACACAUACAAGACUUAUGCCUGGAUUUUGAUUUGGUUGACAUUUGGCGCAUACGAAAUCCGGACUCUAAACGCUUUACGUGGCGUCAAAGAAAUCCUUUCAUUCAAAGAAGACUUGAUUAUUUGCUGAUUAGCGAUGUAUGCCAAGACGACAUUGAGAAGUCCGAUAUCAUUCCUUCGAUAAAUUCAGACCAUUCGGCAAUUUUUCUCCAUCUUAACAGCAUAGACAAACCAAAACACGGCCCCUCUUUCUGGAAGUUUAAUGCUAGUCUUGUGAAUGACGACGACUUUGUUGCACUGAUAAAUGAAAGUAUGCCUUUGUGGUUAGAGGAGUUCAAAGACGUUAUAGAUAAAAGGCUGUUGUGGGAUUUAAUUAAGUACAGGAUUAGACAAAUUACAAUAAAGUAUAGCAAAGAAAAAGCACGUGAAAGGAGAAGAAAGAUCUCUGAUAUUGAGGCUUCUUUGAAGAUUUCGGAAGAGAGAUGCGGUAGUUCACCAACUCCUGAGAACCAGGAAGAGUUUGAAUUGUUAAAAAUGGAAUAUGAUUCUAUCUAUGAGCAGAUAGCAAAAGGUGCUAUAAUCCGAUCGAAAGCCACUUGGUAUGAAAAAGGAGAAAAAAGCAAUAAGUUCUUUUUAAACCUCGAAACACAUAAGAAAGCUAAGAGUUCUGUCCGUAAGGUUUUUGACGAUAAUGGAGUUCUAAUCACGGAUCCUAAAACUGAUGUUCAAAUUUGCGAGGGAAAAUUAACGGUUGAAGAGUGUUACAAAAGUCUUCAGCUGUUUGAAAGUAACAAGUCACCAGGCAAUGACGGACUAACAGUCGAAUUUUACAGGGCUUUUUGGGGCCUCUUAGGACAGCUAUUAGUAGACAGCUUAAACUACUCUUAUGAUCAUGGUGAGCUCUCAAACUCUCAGAAAGAAGCCAUUAUUACCCUAAUAGAAAAGAAGGACAAAGACAAAAGGGACUUAUCAAACUGGAGACCGAUUUCGCUUAUUAAUGCUGAUGUUAAAAUUGGUUCAAAAGCCAUUGCCAAGAGAUUGGAGAAUGUUUUACCAAACAUCAUACAUUUCAAUCAAUCUGCAUAUGUAAAGGGUAGAACUAUUUUCGACGCGGUCAGAACCAUAGAGGACGUUAUGGAAUUCUCAAAGAGAUACAGUAUUGACGGAAGAAUGGUUUGUAUAGAUUUUAAAAAAGCUUUUGACACAGUUAGUAGGGACUUCUUAUUUCGAACGUUAUCCGUUUUUGGUUUUGGACCAUCUUUUAUUCAAUGGAUCCACACUUUUUACAAGAAUGUCUCGAGUUGUGUCUUAAAUAAUGGCUUUGCAACUUCAUCCUUUACAGUUGAAAGAGGAGUAAGACAGGGAGAUCCUCUCUCUGCUUACUUAUUUAUUAUAGCAUUAGAAGUUUUAUGUGUUAACAUACGUAACAGUAAUGACAUUCGUGGUAUUAAAGUCGAUAAAGAAGAGAUCAAAUUAAGUCUUUUCGCAGAUGACCUGACUGGGUUUUUAAAGGAUGACCUCUCUCUAACAAACUUUCUUAAACUUAUAGAAGAUUAUGGAACUUGCUCUGGCCUAAAGGUUAACCACGAAAAGACAGAGCUUUUGUUACUGGGUAACCUGGCCUGUACCGUACAAGAAGCCACUCUGAACAACAUAAAAAUUAAACGAUCCGCUAAAAUCUUAGGAGUACAUUUUACCUAUGACAUUCAAGCAAAACAAAAGCUAAACAUCAAUGAAUUAAUCAGCUCCAUCCAACUUAAGCUACGAAUCUGGAGGUGGAGGGAUUUGACUAUCAUAGGGAGAAUUCAAAUUGUCAAAACCUUUAUUAUCCCUAUCUUCUUAUAUCGCACGAGCUUGAUAUCAUUGGAUAAAGAAUUUGUGAAAGAAGCGAACAAAAUUAUCUUUGAUUUUAUAUGGAAAGGAAAGGAUAAAGUUAAACGCUCUGCACCUAUCAGUGAUAUCGAAGAUGGAGGACUUAAAGCCCCACAUUUAAACUCCAUAAUUGAAACACAAAGAAUACUUUGCUGCAAGAAAUUGGCAAAUGAUCAACCGAGUGGAUGGAAAAUAAUCCUUUUGCAUUAUCUGAAACCUGUUGGUGGUAAAUUAGUCUUAUGUUGCGACUUUGAUUUGAAGAAAUUGACUAUCAAAUUACCAGCCUUUUAUGAAGAAUGCUUAAAAUCUUUUGCAAAGUGCUCUGCGGUAAAUAAUUUAAAUAUACAGGAUUUAAAUGGAAAAGACUUGUCAAAAGUUAUCUUAUGGAACAACAAAUUUAUUUGUGUUGGUGACAAGUCUGUGUAUUUUCGAAAUCUCGCUGAGAAAGGGAUCUUUCAGUGGGUGAUUUAAUCUCGAAUAAACAUGAACUUAUAAUCAAAAGCGAGUUGAGAGUCUUGAACCUUUCGCCGCUGGAUGUUUUUAGGCUUGUCUCUUUAAUAGACGCUCUACCAACUCAAUGGCGUGAAUCGUUGAAAUCCUGCAUCUAUACAGGUGACACACCAUUCAAUUUGCGUGAUGAGAUUAAGUUACGCUUAAGUGGUCAAAUUGUUUUACUUGAAAAAGCGUAUUCGAAAAUUGUUUAUAAAGAACUUCGAAACAGAAUCGUCACUCCACCAACUGCUAAACUAAAGUUUGAUGCUAAUUUUGUCAAUGAUACUUUGAACUGGAAAAAGAUCUAUAGCUUGCCAUAUCGUGUUGUCUUAGAUACAAAGACUCGCGAGUUUCAGUAUAAAUUAUUAAACAGAUGCCUUGUGACAAAUACCUUCUUAUGCAAAAUUGGUAUUAUACUAUCUCCAGCGUGCUCCUUGUGUGGUGAAUCGGACGAAUCCCUCGAACAUCUCUUCCUGUCUUGUCAUUAUACUGAGAAUUUCUGGUCUGAGGUUAUAAAAUGGCUUGUUGAUCAUAAGGUCAAGAUUGAAAAUCUUUCAGACAAAGAUAUACUGUUUGGUAUUAUUGGAUGUGAGGAUGAGAUAUUUGUGAAUCAUAUUUUAUUACUGGCAAAACAAUAUCUAUACUCUUGUAGACAGAACAAAUAUCCUCCCUCCAUCAGAGUUCUUCAUUCCAAAAUUAAUACUGUCUUCUUAAUAGAGACAAUGAUCGCUAAGUCAAACAAUAAGUUGGAGACCCACAAUAUGAAAUGGGGCAAAUAUAAAACUGAUUAGCAUACGAUCUCUUCUCCGCUUACUUUAUUUAUUAUUAAUAUUUAUUAUUUAUUUAUUUUAUUUUACUUUUUUUUCAUGUAAAUAGAAAAGAAGGUACUGGGUUUUUGUUUCGUUUGUUUUCUUCUUUGUAAGUAUGUAAUUGUGUGUUAGUCUGCGAUGUAUAAUGUUUAGUUUUCCUUUCCGUUUUUUGUAUCUUUUCUUUACGUGUUCCGUGUUCAUAAGUCAGAAUCUAAAAAAAAUGUAAAACAUUUUAAAACAAAAAAAUUCUUAAAAUACAAAAAAAAAAAAAAAAAACCAGUGGGUUUGAUAAUGAAAUACGCUUUUUCCAAGAGUUUUUGCUGAAGAACCAUUUCCUUGGUGCAUACUCUUAGGAUUUGACUGAUCUGGCUGGAGAGAUUUGAUUAAAAUGGAAAUUCUCAUUGUGUUGGGAAUGGUUUGGCAGUCAGUUCUGACAAAUGGAAAGCACCUUGAGUCUCCUUCAGUCUUCUUCUUCAUUAAGGAGGAGAAAAGGAGGCAUUGCCUGAUCGUGUUUACCCUUUGAAGUCACCACAACCCAAACUUCAGUCUUGAAAGCAAGCAUCAGUUUAUUCAUGAACCAAUAGUCACAACUGAGCCCUCUGACUGCCAGGUGCACAGCUAUUAGCCCUGACUUUGAAACUGUAGAUACAAGGUAUGCAUGCUCAACUUAGAUCUAUCCCAGUUCAAUGCAUGCAGAGUUUUUCUUGAGUGAGCCAAAAUCAAGAAAGUGACAGGAAGAUGCUGCUUGCAGACAAGUGCUGUCAUCUGGGUCAUUUGUCCGUUCCAAUGAUUUUGUUACAAAUAGUUAAGGUGAAUCCUGGCACUCAUGCAUCUUAUGAACAAAACAUCAGUCUCACUCCACAACCAUGCAUUGAGUCCCAGUUCAAAAACAAUACGUCCUAAAUUGAAAAUUCUUGGCCCUUUAUGUGACUAGACAGACAAAAGAUAUUCUUUUGUAAAGCACAACAAAUUAAAGCCUAUAAGAAAUAUAUGCAUUGUUAAACAACAGCUGCAAGAACAGCCACAGAAAUCAAAAGAACAAGAUGAUCGACUGAUCGAUCGAUCUUUGUGUCCUAUGGGACGCAUGCCAUGAACUUUUGUGCAUCUUUGGGGAUUUUUAUGUAUUAGGGAAUUGCAGGACACAGAGGUAACAAUCCCUUGAUGGUUGCUUGAAAUCAACAGGUUGUAGACUGGUUUUAUGGGAUGUUAAUAAAGAGGGGCUUGAUGCUGUAGGAAAGAAAAUUAAAACUGCUGGUGGUGAGGUGCAUUCGUACAAGUGCAAUCUGCGAGAUAAAACUGAAAUCCAUGAAACAGCAGCAAGCGUGAAAGAGGAUGUUGGUGAAGUUUCUCUGCUGGUAAACAAUGCUGGCAUUGUGUCAGGGAAGAAGUUUAUGGAUUGCACUGAUGAAGAAAUUUCAGCCACUUUUGAUGUUAACUCCCUAGCACACUUCUGGGUAAGUCUCUUUAGAUUAGUAAACAGUUUGUAAUAUUGCAUGUGUUGGGGUUCACAUUUACCCUGGAUUUAAAUUUAUUUUCCUUUUUUGGGGUGGGGGUGGGGGUGGGGUAUGGUAAUGUGUGAUUGAAAAAUCCUUGAAAAUUGGAAAUUUGUGGGAUAUGAUCCUUGAAAAGUCCUUGAAUUUCCCCCAGAAGUCCUUGAAUAUUUUUAAAAUCUCCUUGAAUAAUAAUAGCCUUCAUUAAAACAAGUGUUUUGUGCAAAGUAAAGGAAAGAUUUGAAAGCACAGCAGUAUGUAAAUUUUCUUAGUGAUCAUGAAAGUGUGUUUUCAUAUAACUUUGGUUUUCCCACCGUAGUUCACUUGCCGUUAUUUGAAAUACCCUACAUGUAAGAACCAUGCCUUCCUAGGGGAAUGUCUGCCAAAUCAUUGCAAUAAGCGAACCCCCCUCCACCUACGCAUUUGGAAGUACAGAUAUUUCAAUAUAGUUUUGAAUUGGAAGGAUGAUGGCAACCGUCCAAAGUCCAAAAGGCAAAAUGGCCUAACGAACCGAUAAAGGCUUUAGGAAUUUAUUACACGUAUGAUCAAAAAUUGCUUCUUGAAAAGAAUUUCAUAGAAAGAUUAGACAGUAUUAAAAACCUGACUAGAAUUUGGUCCUCUAGAGGACUUUCUAUUUAUGGCAAAAUUACACUUAUCACAUCUCUGUUAAUCCCGAAAUUUGUUUUUUUGUCAUCUUUAAUACCUACCCCAAAAGAAUUUGUAAGUCAGCUAAACCAGUUAUUAUUUCAAUUCUUAUGGAAUGGUCGUGAUAAAGUCACACGGAGAUCGGCGAUAAAUGAAUACUCCAACGGAGGAUUAAAGAUGAUUGAUGAUUAAAAAGAAUAGCUAGCUCAAAUGAUGGCACCUGGAAAAGGUAUCUGACACAUUAUCUAGAACGCUUUGGCGGCCUUUUCUUAUUUCAUUGCAAUUAUGAUGUUAGUAUCCUUCCACUGAAUAUUUCUUUAUUCUAUCUAGAAUUACUGCAGUGGUGGUCAGAAUUUAGAGAUACGUUCUCUUCAGAAAAAGACUAGCGUUAUUCUCUUUGGAAUAACAAACAAAUACUCAUUAAUAAUAAAACAGUUUAUUAUAAAAGCUAUUUCGAAGCUGGUGUAGUUCACAUUAGCGAUCUAUCCUUUGAAUUAAGUUAAACAAAGAUUCCUUUUCCUUAGUUUCUAACAGGAUUUCUAAAACUAAUUUUUUAGUUUGGGCAGGUCUUCGACACUCCAUUCCUUCCAUUUUAAAAAAUUGUACUCAUAAAUCAACAACAGGUGAACUUUCUCUAAAAAUUGACGACAAUAUAUUUGAUGUCACAAAGAAGAAAUCUAAAGACUAUUAUACUUUACUUGUAAGCAGAAAGGCUCUCUUUCCAACUAAUGUAAACAAGCUGCAAAAUGAAUUUCAUUUCACACUCGAGGAAGUUAAACAAAUUUUUAUGAUCCCGCAUAGUGUUGCUCUUGAAGCAUAUGUUAAGGUAUUUCAAUACAAAAUUCUUAACUCCAUUCUCUAUACUAAUGCUAAACUUUACAAAAUUUGCUUUAAAUUGAAUGACUCGUGUUCAUUUUGUUCAUCUGGACCAGAAACGCUAUAUCACUUCCUAUAUCUCUGUCCUUUCUCGGUAGAUUUCUGGCGUGACUUCGAAGUAUUCUGGCACCAACUUUCAAAGGAAAACAUUCGACUUUCGUUGCAAGAUGUCUUAGUUGGAAUGAUACGACAAAACUUCCCUUCUGCUAAGCUUCUAAACUAUCUAAUUAUGAUUGGGAAAUUGUACUUGUGGGAUUGUAGAAGAAGUCAAAUUCUUCCGAAUAUAUAUGGAUUUAAAAAGAAAAUUGCUGUAAAAUAUGAAACGGAAAAAUAUAUAAGUCUGCAUAGUAAAAAAAACAAAGGAUUUCUUUGAAGCUAAAUGGAUUGUGUCGCCUCUUGUAAAUGCUUAACUAUUUAAAGGUUUUAAUAUGCAUCCACUUUCUGUAUGUAAUUAAUAUAUUAUUUACAUUAUAUUUUGUAAACAUUUUUUUUUAGUGUUGUAAUAAUAGCAGUGUUAAUCUGUUGUAUCAUUUUAUUAGUAUUAGUAAUAUUAGUUGUAACAUUAUAAUUAUGUAGGUAAGUAACUAAUGUGCUGUAUUAAUAUCAAUUUGUUUCAAUAAAGAAUUAUUUAAAAAAAAAAAAAAAAAACGUAGUCCAAAAGGCGGAAGGGUCAGUGUCUGUAGAUUAAGACGCAGGAACUUGACUUUCUUUGCACCCUGUAUAACCCUUUUGGUCACUACAAGAGUGUUCUUCCAGUAGUUCUUCAACAGUUUAUUUGCUUGUAAAAAGAAAAAACAACAAUUGAAGAAGUUGAUGUACAUGUCAGGGUGCAAAGAAAGACAGUUUUACAAUCUGCCAUUCAGGCAAGCUGUAGCUAGCACGUACUAGCCCACAAGUCAUUUCAACUAGCCCCAAAACCCAUUUUGAUUAACAGGAUUGAUUACAAUCCUUCUUUAAUGUCAAUUUCCCCAAAAAACAGCAUUUGCCUGUCGGGCAAGUUAAGAACAAAAAUCAGUAACCCAAUAGCAAAAUCCACUAGCCCCGGGCUAUCGGACAUGACUUUCUUUGCAUGCUGCAUGUUGACAUGCUCUUAGCACAGAGACUGGAUGGAGGUUAAAUGGGACGAAGUUGAUUCAAUGACCAAACUUGGGGCACAAAUAUGUACAGUGUAGCAUUGCUGCAGAUUUUACGGGGUGAAUGACAACUACACAAACUUGUCAAAGGAGAAUCACACUGUAAAUACCUGAGAUCAAGAUUGGUCAGUAAAUGUCAACUUUGAUUAUUACCAUUAUUGAUUAAGUACAGUUGUGUACGUUUUGUACUUCAUAAGACCAAACGUGGCACAGAUAUUUUUACCUUUUCCCUGAAAAGGGCCAUGAUUAAAUUUUAAUAAAUUAUUUUCCUCUCUGUAGACCAUAAGAGAAUUCCUACCUAGCAUGCGUCAUCGUAAACGUGGUCACAUUGUAAGCGUAGCAUCCAUAGCUGGUAAGACUGGUCUGGCUGGUGCAGUUGACUACUGCUCAUCAAAGUUUGCUGCUGUUGGACUCAUGGAGGCAUUACGUCAAGAACUCUCAAGCGUAGGAUCUACUGGUAUUCAAUUCACCACAGUUUGCCCUUCACUUAUAACUACUGGAAUGUUUGAAGGUGUUAAGUUUAGGUUGGUUAUAUUAUUAAUUUUCAUUCAGUUAAAUGUACAUGCACAUCUAUAGUUAGAAUAAUUACAGUGAAACCUGUAUUAAGCGAGAACCUUUUAUUAAGCUAACAGUAGCCAAAGUCCAAAAAUUAUUUCAAUUUCUCAUUUACUGUAAAUGAAACCUUUAUUUUAAUGUCCACCUAAAAGCAGACUCAAGCAGAUGCAGAUACCUAAAAAGUCGAUGAAAUGCUCAUUUCUAUUUUCUCAAACUUGUAUAUCAUCCCUUUAAACCCCAAGAUCAAAAUUUGAAUUCUCGUUUGCUGCCCCUAUUUAUUUCCUGCAGAAGUAGUUGGGGGAAGUUGAUAAAAUAUCAAGCAAAUUCAUCUUGUGGAAUCAUGUCUGUAAUUCUCAUGGCCACUCUGGUUUACAAAGCAUUGAUAUUACAAGGAGAAAUUUGAUGCUCAUCACUCUUGAUGCAAUGACCUCUAGACAAAUCUUUUUUUUUUUGUUUUUUUAAGUAAUGAUUUUGAAUGAUUAUUGGUCAUGAUUGUCAUCAUAAUUGAUUGUAAUGGCCAAUUAAUACACCCACCAAGUGUAUUAAGUGAUCUCUUGGUUGUUGUUGUCUUUGUUUAUCAGGUUUCCCCAUUUGUUAGGAUUUAGUAUAUUAACUCCAGAGUAUGCAGCAUCGAAAGUUGUGGAUGCUAUAGAAAAGAACCAGACGAUUCUUAUGAUGCCCAGAGGAGCGUAUUUUUCGACAGCUUUACAACAGUAUGUUAACAGCAGUUUGAUACACAUUUAA